CUCUCAUCGCAGUUGUUGAUCUAAGCCCCUCCCACACAUUCGCAUACACGACAUCAUGGUUCUCCUCGUCACCUCCGACAAUGAGCAGUUUAUCGUCGACAAGGAGGUUGCAGAGCGCAGCGUCCUCAUCAAGAACAUGCUCGAGGAUGUUGGUGAGAGCGACCAGCCAAUUCCUUUGCCCAAUGUCUCCUCGAGUGUCCUUAAAAAGGUCCUCGAGUACUGUGAGCAUCAUAGGGGAGAGCCCCUACCCACGGCGGAGUCGGAGCAGAGCCAGGAGGAGACUCGGAAGCGGACCACUGAUAUCAGCGAGUGGGACCAGAAGUUCAUCACAGUUGACCAGGAGAUGCUAUUUGAGAUCAUCCUCGCGGCAAACUACUUGGACAUUAAGCCCCUCCUCGAUGUCGGCUGCAAGACAGUGGCAAACAUGAUUAAGGGUAAGACUCCUGAGGAGAUCCGCAAGCUGUUCAACAUCGUCAAUGACUUCACCCCUGAGGAGGAGGCCCAGAUCAAGAAGGAGAACGAAUGGGCGGAGGACCGCUGAGUCCACAGUAUCCAUGCCUUUUCUACAUUUUGAUGUCCUUUAGCUCGCUUUCACCGCGAGUCCUCUACUCGCUGUUGUAUUGAUAUUGAGACAAUGUCACGACUUUGGGAGCUCGGAGUUGCUCUUAGAUGGUCUGACACGAUUAGUACUCUUCUAUGUCGUAUGCGCAUACCUCAUAUAAUGCAACAAAAUGAUCGCAUGGUCGCCG